GCUUCUCCUUCCGGGCGGGCAGGGGCGGAGCCAAGAUGGCGGCGGGCUGGUUGUGGCGGCGGCUAUGUCAGGGAUCAGCUUUUCCUGUCAGUUAUGCAAGCAGAAUUAUGCAAAAGCAGUAUUUUCUUCCGAGCUCCAACUUGAUGGGAGCACGACUGGCUGGAUCCCAUGUUGAUACACAGGAGCCCAAGACUAAUCCUUUGGUGUCUAUUUCAGAUGAGCCAGAAACACUGUACAAGAGAUUGUCCAUUUUAGUUAAAGGCCACGAUAAAGCUGUGUUGGACAGCUAUGAAUAUUUUGCAGUGCUUGCAGCUAAAGAACUUGGCAUCUCUGUUGAAAAAGUAGAUAAACCCCCAAAGACGAUAGAGCGAUUUACACUUCUCAAAUCUGUACACAUUUACAAGAAGCACAGAGUUCAGUAUGAAAUGAGAACACAUUACAUGUGUUUAGAGUUAAAAUACCUAACAAGCAGUACUGCUGCAGUUUAUUUGGAGUACGUGCAACGAAACUUACCUGAAGGGGUUGCCAUGGAAGUGAAAAAGACUAAGAUAGAGAAAAUACCAGAACACAUUCAGAAACCUGUUUGGGAUACACUACCUCAGGUAGAAGAAACUGAAGUAAAGUCAUGAACACACCAGCUACUUGGCUCCAUUAGUACUGAAAUUCAUUGCUCCUAUCAACCUCAUUUACUGAGACAGUCCAUUGUUAAAUAAAGGUUCUCUUAUAAA